UUGCAGAAAUAGUUAGCACGACGUACAUCGGCAAACAGCACCAACGUCUUUGACCAUAAAAUCGCUCCUCCUUGUUUCUCAGUCUUUCUCCGUGAUCAAAGGCGUUUCAAUCUCUGCAAGAAGUCUCGUUUCUAUGGUUCUGAAUCAAGGGAAUCUAGAGGAUAAAGUCAUGAUUUCUGGUUCCAUUUGUACAACCAUUGCGAAUCAUGGGUGGCAUUUUGUCCUGAUCUCUUGUAACUCCUUAUUUGGAAUGUUUUAUGGUGAGCUAUACAACAAGGUACUAAUUGGAACCGGUUCAACUUUCAGUAUAGGAGUCAAAAUAUUUUGAAUGGUCUGCAAAAUCUUGUUAGAAGCUAACGAAUAUAUUCCUGGUUGUUUGUAGAUUUCAUUCGGGUUUGGAAAGAAAACGAAACUGUAUCUUAUUAUUUAUGUUUAAUUUAUUCCUCUUGUGAACAUACUCUGGUAUUUCAUUCUCAAGGAAGAGAGCAUUGGAAGAACAUAAUGGUUAAAGCGUAUACACAAGAGCAUGUCUACAAGCACCCGUGGGAGCGGGUGACAUCUGCAUCUUGGCGAAAGUUUACUGAUCCUGAGAACAAGCGCAUAUUGUCUCAUAUUGUUGAAGUUGACACUCUGAACCGCAAGCUUGACUCUGCGUCUGGGAAGCUUUAUACCACUCGUGUUAUCACUGUCCAUGCUCCAGGGCCAUGGUUCAUUCGCAAAAUCAUUGGGCAGGAUAUUUGCCAUUGUGUUGAAUCGACCAUUGUUGACGCUCAAUCACGAUCCAUGCAACUCACCACCCGCAACAGUAGUCUCCAGAAGUUUGUGGAAGUGGAGGAGAAGAUCAGAUAUGAACCCCACCCAGAUAAUCCAAAUGGGUGGACAAUUUGCCAACAGGAGACUAGUAUUCGGAUAAAGCCAUUGUCAGCACUAGCAUCAAUGGCAGAGAAGGUGGAGCAACGAUGCGCUGAGAAGUUCUUGCAGAAUAGCGUCAAGGGUAGAGAAGUUAUGGAAAGGAUCUGUAAGUAUCUUGAGGCUGAAUCUCGUGGUAUUUCUAUCUAAAUUAAUUUUUGAGUUUCUACAAUCCUAGCUCUCAAAGCAUGUAAGCCCUUUCUGAGCAGAACAUAACAGAAGGAUGUAAAACAACGGAGGUUUGAUCUUGGAUCUUUCCUCUGGAUUCACUACAAUUUUGAUGUAGUAAAAAUGUGAUUUUUAGGCUUUGUAUUUGUUGCCUUUAUUUCUUAUCUAAUUUUGAGAUUUGGGUGA